AUGGCGCCGACUGGUACAGGUAUAGCUUUUCGUUACGGUGCAGGUGGCAAAGGCACGGGCAUUGGAAAGGACGGCCAUCGCCUCUUACGCCAGCCCAGGGGUAUCCACGUGGACCGGGAUGGCUCCCUGUAUGUGGCGGACUUCACCAACUUCUGUGUCUUCCGUUUCGCAGAAAGUGACAACCGUGGUCAUGUUGUUGCUGGGGAAGAUGGAAAGCAGCUCCUGGAUGUGGACUAUCUAAAGGACAUCGACCGGCCGCUAGCUACACCAGAAGGGGAAGGCUUCCUUCUGAAGAACCCCAUCGAUGUCGUCACUACCCCGGAUGGGCUCCUGAUCCUGGACUGCGCUGCUGCCCGUGUGCAAGCCUUCGAGCCAAGUCCCUCAGGCCAGACUUCGGCUGGUCGCGUUCUUGUCCCGUAUCCGAUGGCUCCCUCAGCAAAGUCGGUGGCAGCACCAGAAGCCCUAAAGCACCCGAGAUCGUUUCUCUGCCAUGAAGCCAGCAUUGUGGUUUGCGACACUUGGAGCCAUCGUGUUCUUCGCUUCAAGGCCUCGAGCACUUCUGCUCCUGAUGUGCUGGCUGGCACCCCGAAUUCAUGUGGAAGCGAAGCUGCGCAGUUGAACUUCCCGAGCUGCAUAGCUUUCUGCGCUGAUGGGUCUUUGUUGGUGUCGGACACCAACAACCAUCGGAUACAACGCUUUCGGCCGGGAGAGCGGCAAGGAGAGACUUUGGCUGGCUCGGCAGAGUGCAAAGCUGGGAGCAGUUUGACAGAGCUCAACAUGCCCACAGGCUUGGUGGUUGAGACCGAUGGAAGCUUCCUGGUUGCGGACCGAGCAAACGCACGAGUGCUGCGCUUUCACGAAGGAGGAGGGGCCGGCGAGAUGCUGGCAGGACCAGAUGUUCUAGAGCGACCGUGGGGUCUUGCUCUUGGACCCGAUGGCUCCAUUUAUGUCUCGGACGAGCGCCGAGCUGUUGUGCUGAAGAUCACUUCUGGAAAAAAAGCUGCGAAAUCAGCCGCGCCGCCACAGAGCUCUGGAUAUCCACCGCAGGCGAAGCAGGCGAAGCAGGCAGGUGGCUAUCCGCCAGUUGCUCCGGCAAACUUGGACACCCGGCAACGAGCGUCCCUGCAGAUGGGAUAUUGGUAUGGGUCUGGACUGAAGGGGUUGCUGUGCCUGCCUUUCUACCAUGUCAGUGCGUGUCCGCGAGCAGUGAACCUGCCACAGGAGCUCCUUAGCACCUACAGCGCCGAGGGGUUCCAAAAGAAGGUCCACGGAGAUGCCAAGGCUGUGAUGUUUGAGUUCCAGCCGUUCCUGAAGCGGCUGAAGAAGACCGCUUUUUUGGUGCCCACCUUGGCCUUGAGGGCCUGGUUGGUGGGAAACUGCAGGGCUUCGCACGUUGGACGCAGUGGCACGCAUGCGAGGCUUGCCUUCGUGCUGGGCGCCACCUACCUUGCUCUGGAUGGCCUGGGCUUCGUUGGAGCUGGUCUUACCGGCCGGGAUUCAAGGUCCACGCAGAUGAGGGGAUACCGGCUGGACAAGAUGCUGGAAGCCUCGGAUGGCGAUCGAUCUUUGCAGACCUCGGAAGGUUACUGGGUCGGAGAGAAAGGCUUCGAGAAGUCGCAGUGGGCGCAAGGUUACCGAUACCGCAUGCGAGCCUCACCAGAGGAGUUCAAGAAGGGCAUUGACUGCCCUGCUCCUCUCCAGAUCGGCCCCUUCAAGUGGAAGAUCGGUGAGAUGCUGGGCGGGACCGGCAACAACGACAAGUUGCGUCAGCUGAAGAAGGAAAUCGCCCAGGCCGGCCUCGACGACCCCAAGAAGAUCGCUGAGAACGAGUAUUGGCUGAAGCGCUAUGGCCACAAGCGUUGGUUCCCGAAGUACGUCGACCAGUCCGGUGCCAAGGGCCAGACAGGUCUCUUCCGCGGGCUGGCUGCCUGGUCUGGCUAUGACCCCCUCAACGAGGAGCGUGGCAAGACCUGGAUUGAGGCCGACUAUGGCAAGCCUCUCAUGCAGGACAAGAAAGGUAUUCAGCUGCCUGGUCUGCUCACCAAAGAACAGAUGCAGAAGGAGCUGGACAGCGGCAAGCUUCCCAAGCCUGGUGCAUGA